CCAACAUAGUGAGAAUCCAAUUGACUUUACUGGUCAGGUUUAAAUGUUUAAAUAUACAUACAUACAUGCAUGCAUGCAUACAUACAUACAUACAUACAUACAACAGGAACCUAUGCAAAGGCCCUUCUAAACACAGCUGCCGCCAGUUCUAUGAGUAGUGCUCCCUCAUUCAGAGAUAAAGAUGGAAAGUCACUGGACCUGGACGGCCUCAAAACCUACAGUUGCUCAAUCCUACCAGGGUUGAGUUUCUUCCCUGUCCAGACCCCCAUAGGCUCAUGUUGAUGGAUGACCUCCCCAAGCAGCUUCAUAUAUAUGUUAAAGAAAAGUGGGGAGAAAGUAGAGUCCUGAGGAACCCUGCAAAGCAGGGUCCUCAGCUUCUAUGUCUCCUCACCAACCAAUACCAACUAGAGCUGGUCCAGAAAGAUUCCAUAAUCGAUGGUAUCAAAGCCACUGAGAGGUCAAGAUGGAUGCACUAUCCCUUAUCUCGUUCCUGCCAAAGUCAUGUACAAGUGUGAUCAGUGCUGUCUCAGUACUGUAACCAGGUCUGAAAUCUGAUUGAAAAGGUUCCAGAUAAUCCACUUCCUCCAGGAUGCUCUAGAAGUUCAAGCUGAUUAUCUUCAAAAAGGUAGGUUGAAACCUGGAUGAAAAUUGUCCUGUUCUGCUGGGUCCAGUGAUGGUUUCUUGAGGUGUGAGCAUAUAACUGUCUUUCAAAACAGGUGGCAGCACCCUGCAGAGAAGCAUUAACUGCUGACUCAGCCAUAUGACACUUCCCAGGAGGCCUUAACCAACCAUGAGGGCAUCAAUCUAAAGCACAGAUUGACAGACUCACCGCUUCAAGGAGUCUGUCCACUUCAUCCUGAGUAACAGGUUCAAACUCUUCUCAUAUAAACAAGAAAGACACCUCAGGUACCUCCAUAGGUACCUCCAGUACAGCUAAAGUCUAACUGAGCAAAUCCUAGCAAUUUUAUCUAACAGAUGCCUAGCAUGAUCUUCACAAGGGCCCUGCAGAAGAGAUUGGGUCAUGCAAUGGGCACAGAAAACACAAGGCCAUCUGUUUUGAUCUCUUUCCACAGGCACUGCACACAUCUUUAACUUAGCCAAGAGGUACCAGUCCAACUAUCUAUGAUUGCAUCAACAUAUUUUCUGCAAUAUUCCAUCACAGCAAAACUUGAAGAACUUUUUAAGCAUCUUAAUUGAUAUCACCUCUGAAGAAUUAAAAAAAAAAGGGAGAAAACAAAAGUAAUGAAAUGAGAUGAAUAAAAAGCUGGCUUUCCCCCCAGGCAUUGGGAUAGGGUGAUUGGAGCCCACUGAUUGUGGGGUUGUUUUUUUUAAUGUAUUGGGGAAUGUUGGUUUAGGGUGCUGGGAGUUGCAAGGUUGGAUGUUGGUUUUUAUUGUUUUUUUAAACAUAUUUUUAUCUCUGAUGCAGUGAGUGGACCAAUUAUGGCUCAUAAGAUGGGUGGCCAUGAGGAAGGAAGGAAGGAAGGAAGGAAGGAAGGAAGAAGUUGGUUGGUUGGUUAGUUAGUUAGUUGCUGGUUGUAAGCACUCUAAGCUACAAAGCUGCUGCCGCUUUUAUUUGUUGUGACUAAGUCCUGCCUGCGAGGGUCAUCUUUACUGAAGGAGCACGUGGUUUGUUCAUACUUCAGCCUGCUUGGAUAGUCCACCCGAAGGAGGGUUUUCCGGGAAUAAGUUUUAGGGACGUAUGAGGAACCGUCCCCAGCGUUUGGGCGAAUAAGGUAGACACGUUUGCAUUUUUUCGCUACUCCGCCGUGCGACAAAUGUCUUUUAGAAAAUGGUCUUGGUUGCAGCAAAAAAACCAAACCAAACCAAAACAAAAUCGGAGCGAACAUCAUAAAUUCUUCAAAGGUUGCUGCAGACACGGGGUGGCAGUUUUUCACAGGAAAGUGUUCAAUGCUUUCCACUUGGCCGAGGAGUCAGGUGCGAAGCGCGCCUUUCAAAAGAGCCACAGUCCCAAGCUUCCAGAAGGCUGCGGGCCCUUUAAAUGUUCGCGGCCGGCCCGUGCCGCCUUUGGCUGGGAGACCCCGUGUCUCCAGUGAGAGGUGAAACCAAGAUGGCGGCUGCACAGUGACUGAGGCUGAGACAGAAAGACACGAACGGCCACCGCUUCAGUCAUCCUACCCACCCGCGGAGGGGAUUCGCUUCUUUGCCGGGUGCACGGAAAGGCCCAGGCAGCGUAGAAGGGACGAGGGAGCUUGGUGGGACUGCCAGCAGCAUCCGGAGGAGCGGGCGCAGGAAGAACAUGGCGGCGACGGCGGCAUCGCGUUGAGAGUGCAGUCGUCGCUGCUCGUGAGGGGAGAUCCUGCCGGAGGAGACAGGGCACCGACACCGCCUGCGAGCCCGGCCCACACGGCCAGCUUCCUCUCCCCGCCCCCAUCCCAGCAAGGCGCGGCGUCCCCCGCCCCCAGCUUAGGUCGCGGCCUUCCCUGGGAAGAAGGGGCGGUUCCGUCUCGGUCCCUUAGCCUGGCUAACGGAGUGCGAGGAAAGGGGCUUCGGGCCUAGCAGCGCCUUGCACAAUAGGGCCUGGCCGAGGGUGAACCGAUCCCCUCUUCCCGUGCUUCCCGCUUUCCCUUCCGCUGGCCUCUUCACCCCUUCUCCUAAUGAUGCUCCAGCAGUGUCCACGGAUUUUCCUUCCCGUUCCCUUGGCGUUUUUACCUCUCCUUUUGAGGGCUUUUAGUAUGACCGGCUAAUCCUUCCUACUUUUCCUGUCACUGGUUUGUUUUCCACUUGCUGCUUUUCGGUUCACCUCAUCUGCCCCCUAACUAGCGUUAGUCGUCUGCAGUGGUGAAUUCUCUUAUUUGUUUUUGCUUUGAAUCACCUAUGUAAUGUAGAUUCCUCUUCAACUGACUUUCCAUUUUCAUCGUCGUCUUUUUAUUCUUUUCUGGUGUUCUUCUGUUUCUUCCCUUGAAGUCUUAGCACUGUUAUUUCCUGUUUUCUCCUAUUCUGCAAAGCUGUCGUUUCACUGAAAAAGUUCUGUGCUCUCACAGUAGUGUUAACUGCUGUUUUAAGCUGUCCCCCUUUUGGGGUGAUGAGGCAGUUACUUUAACAGCACCAAUAAAAAGACCUGUUUGGGGUAUUGUGUGGGACUCUUGCUCCCUUUUCUGCUCCCCUUCAUUGAGGGGGGCAAAGCCCCCCAUCACAGCUCAGCUUGAUAGACUGUCAUAGACCCUUGUGGUUUGGAAAAAGGCAGAAUGACCGAUACCCGGAGGAGGGUGAAGGUUUAUACAUUAAAUGAAGACAGACAAUGGGAUGAUCGUGGCACUGGACAUGUGUCCUCUGGCUAUGUGGAAAGGCUGAAGGGCAUGUCCCUGCUUGUCAGGGCAGAGAGUGAUGGUUCUCUUCUUCUGGAGUCCAAAAUCAACCCCAAUACUGCAUAUCAGAAGCAACAGGACACGCUGAUUGUGUGGUCUGAAGCAGAGAACUAUGACCUGGCUCUUAGCUUUCAAGAAAAAGCUGGUUGUGAUGAAAUAUGGGAAAAAAUAUGUCAGGUUCAGGGAAAAGACCCUUCGGUGGACAUUACUCAGGAUCUUGUGGAUGAAUCUGAAGAGGAACGCUUUGAUGAUAUGUCAUCUCCAGGUCUAGAGUUACCAUCCUGUGAAUUAAAUCGAUUAGAAGAGAUUGCAGAACUUGUGGCAUCUUCACUGCCUUCCCCACUGCGGCGUGAAAAACUCGCUCUAGCACUUGAAAAUGAGGGCUACAUAAAAAAACUCUUAGAAAUUUUUCAUGUGUGUGAGGACUUGGAAAAUACUGAAGGACUACACCAUUUGUAUGAAAUUAUUAAGGGAAUCUUCCUCUUGAAUAGAACUGCACUUUUUGAAGUCAUGUUUUCUGAAGAAUGUAUAAUGGAUGUAAUUGGAUGUCUAGAAUAUGAUCCUUCUUUAUCACAGUCACGGAAACACAGGGAAUUUCUGACAAAAACUGCAAAAUUUAAAGAAGUUAUUCCAAUAUCUGAUCCGGAGCUGAAACAAAAAAUACAUCAGACAUACAGAGUACAGUAUAUUCAAGAUAUGGUUCUACCUACUCCUUCGGUAUUUGAGGAAAACAUGUUGUCUACUCUUCAUUCAUUCAUAUUUUUUAAUAAAGUAGAAAUAGUUGGUAUGUUACAGGAAGAUGAAAAGUUUUUGACAGACCUAUUUGCACAACUUACAGAUGAAGCUACAGAUGAAGAGAAAAGACAAGAAUUGGUAAAUUUCCUUAAAGAGUUUUGUGCAUUUUCUCAAACAUUACAACCUCAAAACCGUGAUGCUUUCUUCAAAACAUUGUCAAAUAUGGGCAUUCUUCCAGCACUAGAAGUCAUACUAGGCAUGGAUGAUGCCCAAGUGCGAAGUGCGGCUACUGAUAUAUUCUCAUAUUUGGUUGAAUAUAACCCAUCUAUGGUACGAGAAUUUGUCAUGCAAGAAGCUCAGCAGAAUGAUGAUGAUAUCUUGCUCAUUAACCUCAUCAUAGAACACAUGAUUUGUGAUACAGAUCCAGAACUUGGAGGAGCAGUCCAGUUGAUGGGCCUAUUGCGUACCUUGGUAGAUCCAGAAAACAUGCUAGCUACUGCCAAUAAAACAGAAAAGACAGAAUUCUUGGGAUUCUUUUAUAAACACUGUAUGCAUGUUCUCACUGCACCGUUACUGGCCAAUACUACAGAGGAAAAGCCUAGCAAAGAUGACUUUCAGACUGCCCAGUUAUUGGCCUUGAUAUUAGAGUUACUAACUUUCUGUGUAGAACAUCAUACAUAUCAUAUAAAGAACUACAUAAUUAACAAGGAUAUUCUUCGAAGAGUGCUAGUUCUAAUGGCCUCAAAGCAUGCAUUCUUGGCACUAUGUGCCCUACGUUUUAAAAGGAAGAUAAUUGGAUUGAAGGAUGAAUUUUACAAUCGCUAUAUAAUGAAAAGUUUUUUGUUUGAACCAGUGGUCAAAGCAUUUCUCAACAAUGGAUCCCGCUAUAAUCUGAUGAAUUCUGCUAUUAUAGAGAUGUUUGAAUUUAUUAGAGUGGAAGACAUAAAAUCCUUAACAGCUCAUGUAAUUGAGAAUUAUUGGAAGGCGCUAGAAGAUGUAGAUUACGUGCAGACUUUCAAAGGUUUGAAAUUACGUUAUGAGCAGCAAAGGGAAAGACAAGAUAAUCCCAAACUUGACAGCAUGCGAUCCAUCUUAAGAAACCAUAGAUACAGAAGAGACGCAAGGACUUUGGAGGAUGAGGAAGAAAUGUGGUUCAACACUGAUGAAGAUGAUAUGGAAGAUGGAGAGGUAGUGGUGCCACCCUCUGAUAAAAGUAAAAAUGAUGAAGAUAUUAUGGAUCCUAUAAGUAAAUUUAUGGAAAGAAAAAAAUUUAAAGAAAGUGAAGAAAAGGAGGUCCUUCUGAAAACGAACAUUUCAGGUCGCCAAAGUCCAAGUUUUAAACUUUCCUUCUCUAGUGGUACAAAGACUAACCUCACCAGCCAGUCAUCAGCAAGUAAUUUGCCUGGGUCUCCUGGGUCACCAGGAUCUCCUGGGUCACCAGGAUCUCCUGGAUCAGUUUCUAAAAGCACAUCUCAGAUGGCAGCUAUAACUACAAAGAGAGGACUAGUUGGGCUUGUAGACUAUCCUGAUGAUGAUGAGGAGGAGGAUGAAGAAAAUCUACCUUUGACCCAGAAAGCAAAGCUAGAGUCUUCAUAAUGACAAGUAUGAAGAUCAGUGUGGAUUAUGUUAUAAACUAGGUUUCCAGAAGGGGAAGUCCAUAUUAUAAAAAUAAUAACUCUAAUGAAUUACUGUGUAUAACACAGAUCAACUUUAAAACAUAGAUUUCUGCUAAUCAGUGCCAAUUUGGCAGAGCAGAAGAAGAGGAAAUACUACGCUUUAUGGAAAAACAUGCCUUUGACCUCUCCAGCUUGGACCACGCAUUGCCCUUUUCUCAGGGAAGGAAAUGGAAAAUACAACACCAACAGGGCAGGAGUUUUGAUAGUGGAAUUCUGGAUUGGCUGUUCAGUUGUUACAAUCAGAUUAUGAUUUCUUGGACCACGUACAAGACUUUGAAGAACAGGCUUUUCUGCCAUAAUUCUUCAUUAGCUAAGAAUGCCAGCAGUUUCUUUCUAUAAAGAGACCUGCCUUUAAAACCACACAUUCUGAACCUUUUAGUCAAACUACAACAGGUUUUAAAAAAACAAAACUCUUUCGGGGAGGGCUCAACAUGUUUCCUCUUUUUUUAAUCUGUUCCCUUUUGCCCUUUAAACUGCAGAUUUUUGUUUGGAGAUGAGGGAUAUAUCUAUCCCUUAAUUAAAAGAUUGAAUGGAAUUCUAGAUGUCACUUUUAUGUCAUAAUUUUAUUUUUAUUUUGCCCCGAGUGUAUGCUUGGUUGUUGAGUAUAUAUUUGGGACCAUUAAAAUUUUUUGAUGUAAUAUAAUCUCACUGUUGUGCUGGUACCUGUUUCACAUGUGUAAUUCUGUUCUACAUCACAUUUCUUAAUGUGUUUAGAAUUUUAUGGGAGAUGGUAUAAUUUUUAUUGAAAAAGAGCAAAUUAAUCUUGCCACAAUGUGCAUACAAAAAGCAAUACUAUUUUGUGACUAAAUAUUUUAUAUUAAACUUUACAUCAUCAACUGUCUUGAAACAAUUCAGGGAAAUAGGUUGGUUUUUUUUACAAGAAAAAAUACUUUUAAGUAAUCUAUAAAUAUGAAAUUAGUAUUCCAAAGAGAUUUUGAAAUUUCUUAACUCGAACCAUGCUGGUAUGUUUAAAUCCAAUUUAAAGUGGUUAUCAAGAGUACAGUCAUACUGACACAUUUGAAUAAAAAAAAUAAU